UUCAACUUGUUUGGUUCUCGUUUAAACGAGUGCGAAGGCAGACGCGUUUACUUGCAAGUUUCCAAAAUUAUGGAACUGAGCUCAACUUACUGUUCCGGAUUAGUGUCUUCAUCAGACAGUAGUUUUGUUGGAAGUCAGACAGAGUCUGCAGUUUUGAAAAGAGGAUUUGAUCAUAUCGAGGAAUCAAGUGAGCUGCCUACUGAUGUAUCAAAAGCUUCUUUGAAGAAGAGGAAGCUAAACACUUGGAGUGAUGUGUUACAAGAUGAAAUGAAUGUGGAAACUUCGCAAGAUUGCUGCUUCAAAGAUAAACCAGAAAAUGCCCGUGGGUUAGAAAGACAUGAUCACUUGUUUGCUGAAGAACAUGAUCAAAGAAAUGAGAAAAAGCAUUUGGAACUGACUGUCGAAGAAAAAAAUACCGCUAAAAAGAUAAUAAGGGGUUUAGGAGAAAAAAAGAACUAUCUCAUAUGUCAGUUAUUUCAUAGUUUAUUACUGCCGUGGCCAGAUCGAGUGGUCAAAGUCAUUGGAAAUGAACGUGCACUAAAUUUGUUGAAAAUGACGGAAGAUAUUGAAGAAAGUGGAGGUAUGAUGAUAAAGAAUCAGAAGCGACGGAGAAAACUAGCCGGUGUCUAUUUCCAUCUAUUAAAAAAUGACAAGGAUGUCACCCAGGAAAUGCACGACACAAUAUUUGAGGAAGAAAGAUCAGAGCAAAAGAAGUAUUCUGCCGAGAAACGCAAAGCUAAGACAAAAAGACUUCGAAGAAACUGAAGAUAACUUUAAAGAUCUUGUUAUGCAUUUUGUUAUGCAUGUUAUGCAUUUUGAAUGAUAAAAAGUUGUAUCACUCAUAUUUGGUUACUCAUAUUGUUAAAAGAUAAACUAUUUUCAUCAUUGUGUUUGUUUUUUCAUGCAUAAAGUGUAAAU